AUGUCGGAAAAGCUUAAUCAGACCCACAUUGUCCUUAUUCCUAAAAUCCAGGGUCCGGAGACUCUUGGGAAUUAUCGGCCGAUUAGCUUAUGUAAUACGACUUACAAGAUAGUAACUAAAAUCUUAGUGGCUAGACUUAGGCCAUAUCUGGGAAAUCUAAUUUCUCCCCUGCAAUCUGCCUUUGUGCUCGGUCGAAAAGGGAUUGACAACGCCAUAAUAGUCCAGGAACUUAUUCAUACCAUCAGCAAGAAGAAUGGGAAAGUGGGCUAUAUGGCUAUCAAGAUAGAUUUGGAAAAGGCCCAGCUCAUUGAAGAGAAGUGUCAUAACAAGUUAUGGAGCCCGGUGAAAGUGUCUAGAAGUGGCCCGGCUUUUUCGCACUUAAUGUUUGCGGAUGAUUUAGUGCUUUUCGUAAAAGUGGACUCCUCAAAUUGCUCCAUUAUUAGAGAUGUAUUGGAUGAGUUUUGUGCGGUGUCGGGGCAAACUAUCAGUGAUUCUAAGUCCAAGGUUUAUUUUUCUCCAAACGUAGAUCAAGAUUCUAGAGAAUCGUUAAGCGACAUUCUUGGUUUUGUGUCUACCUCGAAUUUGGGGAAGUAUCUUGGUAUCCCUAUUAAGCAUCCUAAUUCUUCUUCUCAAGAGUUCAAUUUUAUUUUGGAUAGGGUAAAGGGGAAAUUAGUUGGCUGGAAGGCCAAUCUGUUGUCCUUGGCUGGAAGAGCAGUUUUAGUCCAAUCUUCAACUUCAACCAUUCCUUCUUAUGCUAUGCAAUGCUCUUAUCUUCCGGACCGAAUCUUGCAAGGAGUGGAUCGAGUGAAUAGAAAUUUUCUUUGGGGUUCAACUGAUACAGUGAAAAAGAUGCAUUGGGUAGGUUGGCAUAAAGUCACUAAACCAAAAUCCGAAGGAGGUUUGGGGUUGCAAACUGCUAAGGGAAGGAAUGUUUCUUUACUUGCAAAGCUGAAUUGGCAGCUGCACACAGAGGGGGAGUCUUCUUGGGCUCAGGUGUUGAGAGCUAAAUAUUGUAAUGCUCAAAGACUCCAGUCUAGAAAUGUGAGAAACCUCCCUUGCUCACGGGUUUGGUCAGCUGUUAAGAAAGGGGCCGAUACCUUUAAUAAGGGUAUCAAAUGGGUGGUUGGUCGCAAUAGUAAUCUCAGGUUUUGGUUUGACCAUUAG